AUGGAGUGCUAUUCUGCUCAUGGCAUUUGCACUCCUUUUUUGAUAAAAGCACGUUUACUUACUUUCAACUUCUACGUUACAGAAUAUACCUGCUUACACCAGUCCGCUGAAAGUAAGCGUAGCAAUUGCUCCUUUUUAUGGUUUUAUUCUGGUUUAAAAGAAUUCUCACUGUUUUGUUCCUUUGUCUCAUUUUCUUGGUUGCAUCGCUACUGCUUCACUGCCAGGAUUGCUGUUCCUUCUUAUCGUUCCACUCACAACUACCACCUAGUACAAAUCAUCGUUCUUCUUGCUCGAGCACAUUUCUUCCCAAGUAAUCAUUUCAGGCGGUUACUUCUUCUUGCCAUUUCCACCUUUCCUCUUCCCACAUUUCUUCCCAAGUAA